CGCGGCCCGAGGAGCCCGGCCGGCGGGUGACCCAACGCCGCGGCUCCGAGCGGAGCGAGGUCACCUGGCGCUUCCCGAGACCUUGGCCCUAGGCCCGGCUGGCGCUGGGACGCUGGGCAGCCGAGCCGCCAGCCGAUCAGCGCUUUGCAGGACGAGCGCGCAGGGGCUGCACCCCUGAGGGUGACCGGAACCGUUCCCGUGGGAAGGGCAGGGAACGGCGCCUGGCCACGGACAGACAAGGGGGCGCCGGCUCUUCAGAACCCCAGGGAGAAAGCGGUAGAGGGCUACAGUUGAGGAGAUUAAGGACAUUUGAGGAGGACAGGCAUUCCCAAGUUAUAACCUCCAGAAAGACAACUCCAUAGUGCUACCCCUCUGCGCCGCACAGCCUGACGGGAGCAUCACGCUUCCUGCGCAGGCUGCGCCCGACAGACGGCCUCGGUCCUGCCCCCGGCCGCGGGGCACGCCGGGAGAGCUGAGAGUUCUUCCCUCCCUCCGCUAACCCAGAAAGAAAAGGAGCAUUUCCGGCGUAAGACUAUCCCAGGUGGGGCUAGUUUGGUCCCGCCUUUCACGCCCGGAGUGGGCGGGGUGAAGGGUGACAGCUCUUCUCCCCGCACUAAGGCCUGCUCCUGUGCCGGAAGGAGGAAGGCGUGGGGCGUUCGCCUCUCGGAGCUAGGAAGUGUGUGCGACCUAGGUGCGAGGUCACGUGAGCUGCUGCCGGCUGAGAGGGAAAGGGGCGGGGCCCAGAACGAAGGGGCGAGGCGCCCCUUGUUUCCCUGGGGUCACGCGCAGCCGGAAGUGGCGGCUGCUGUGGAGAAUUGGAGAUGGGAACGGCCCUGGACAUCAAGAUUAAAAGAGCGAAUAAAGUUUAUCACGCCGGGGAAGUGCUCUCCGGCGUGGUGGUCAUAUCGAGUAAGGAUUCAGUCCAACACCAGGGAGUGUCUUUGACCAUGGAAGGAACUGUAAACCUCCAGCUCAGUGCCAAAAGUGUGGGUGUGUUUGAAGCUUUUUAUAAUUCUGUUAAGCCUAUCCAGAUUAUCAGCAGCACCAUAGAAAUGGUGAAGCCAGGGAAGUUUCCCAGCGGCAAAACAGAAAUCCCGUUUGAAUUUCCCCUGCACGCGAAGGGUAACAAAGUUCUGUAUGAGACAUAUCAUGGUGUGUUUGUCAACAUUCAGUACACACUGCGCUGCGACAUGAGGCGGUCUCUGUUGGCCAAGGACUUGACAAAGACCUGUGAAUUUAUCGUUCACUCCGCUCCUCAGAAGGGGAAAUUUACUCCCAGUCCCGUGGACUUCACGAUUACACCUGAAACCUUACAGAACGUCAAAGAGAGAGCUUUGCUUCCCAAAUUUCUCCUUCGAGGACAUCUCAACUCAACAAACUGUGUCAUCACGCAGCCGCUGACGGGAGAGCUGGUGGUGGAGAGCUCGGAAGCCGCCAUCAGAAGCGUGGAGCUGCAGCUGGUGCGCGUGGAGACAUGCGGGUGUGCAGAAGGCUACGCCCGCGACGCCACAGAGAUUCAGAACAUUCAGAUCGCCGAUGGGGACGUGUGCCGGGGCCUCUCUGUCCCCAUCUACAUGGUCUUCCCCAGGCUGUUCACCUGCCCAACGCUGGAGACCACUAACUUCAAAGUGGAAUUUGAGGUUAACAUCGUGGUGCUUCUUCACCCUGACCACCUCAUCACAGAGAACUUCCCGCUGAAGCUCUGCAGGAUAUAGCCCGGAGGAGGGAAGCACAGAAAACGGGAGUGGCCAUCUGGAAAUCCAGCUGGUUAUCCAAAUCCUAAGGGGAGCUACAGCCAGCGGCAUAUACUUGUUUUUGUGAUUCUUCUGUAUCAGAAAUGAAACAGACCCUUAAAUUAACUUUCCUUCCUCAUUUCUUGAGGCUUCUGCUUCCAACAGGCACCUCUAAUCAGACCUUUUCUUUGAAAUUCAAGAUUUCUUAAUGCUAUUUGCAAGACCAUUUCACAGAAAACAUUGACUGUGGCUCUUGCCUUCUAUGUUCCUUUUUAGGUAGAAACAAUUGUGACAGCAGUUUGAGCUUUGCUGGAGAGUGGGAUCAUGGGGACAAAAUGAAACCUCUCUCCAACUUGCUAAUAGAUGUAGCCGGGGACUCCCCAUAGCAAAGGGGUCUGUGGCCAGUUGGCAUCCAGGAUGGCUGCAGGUACACUCGAUGGUCAGGAAGUUUGCAGAUACUUGCCAAGGCGGAGCGCAAAGUGCUAGCCACUGGAAAUGCAUGACUUCUUUCCACCCCUACUCUAUUCUGUAGGGUUUUUUUGUUUUUGUUUUUGUUUUUUGAGACGGAGUCUCACUCUUUCACCCAGGCUGGAGUGCAGUGGCGUGAUCUGGGCUCACUGCAGCCUCUGCCUCCCAGGUUCAAGCAACUGUCCUGCCUCAGCCUCCUGCGUAGGUGGGAUUACAGGUGACUGCCACAAUGCCCGGCUAGUUUUUGUAUUUUUAGUAGGGACAGGGUUUCACCAUCUUGGCCAGGCUGGUCUUGAACUCCUGACCUUGUGAUCCAUCCGCCUUGGCCUCCCAAAGUGCUGGGAUUACAGGCGUGAGCCAACACACCCAGCCUCUGUAGUUCUUUUCACAACAUUUUUCGUUGUAACUUUAAAAUGUUUAGGCAACUGGAAAAGUGUUCCUUGCUUUCAUGGGGGGAUUUGGCUGGUGCUGAAGUGUUUCUGAAAUCUCAAGAACUGCCAUAAAAUCUCACGCUGCCAUUUCCCUGAACAUAUACAUAUAUAUAUGUAGAGGGAGAGAGAGAGUUCCAAACUGUCGCCCAGGCUGAGCGCACUGGCGGGAUCACAGCUCACUGCAGCCUCAACCUCCCUGGCUCAAGCGAUCCCUCCCCUCAGCCUCCUGAGUAGCUGAGACUACAGGUGAGUGCCACCACACUCAGCUAAUUUUUAAAUUUUUUUGUAGACGGGUCUCCCUACGUUGCCCAGGCUGGUCUUGAACUCCUAGACUCAAGUGUUCCUCCUGUCUUGGCCUCCCAAAGUGCUGAGAUUACAGGUGUGAGCCACUGUGCCCAACAGUUUCCCAAGUUACAUAAGGGGAAAACAUGGAUGUUUGCUACUGUUGUUACUGGGUAGGUUCUGAACGGCAGAGACCCAUGUGCAGGGCGGGCUGGUGAAGGCCCCUCUCCCCAAGGUGGUAGCAGGAAAAGGUCCUUGACUUGAUGAACUUGGUCUGCCUCUGAGCCACUGGAGGAAGCUGUGUUUUGAGCCAGGGUUUUUUGGCCUGAAGCCAGCAUUUCCUCAGUUUCCCUUUGUGGUUUAAAGGAUAUGGUCUGCUGCAAUACAUUUCCUUCAGAUCCUGCCACUGUUUUGUUGGCCCACAACUAAUAGGACCUCAAAAUAAGCCAUGCUGCUUUGCAUACACACUAGCCUUCCUUUGUACUUUUCAUUCUGGAUGGGCUUGGGCAAAACAGGCUCAGGCCAGAGGCCUCCCAAGCUGUACUUCCACUAUCCUGCAACAGUGUUUGGUCACAUGACGCCAAGGGUAAACAAGCCUGUUUUAGGCACUGCUUUAUCCAAGGGCUUCACCCAUGAAAUUAAUAAAACUUGUCUGAGUCACUUGAAACUUGGUUCCCAGAAAAUACAUUUCUGGUUUAUAAAUCUCCUUUUAUGCUCACCUGACAUUAUUAAUUAUCUAUCCCUGAUGAUAUGUUUAAACCGAGUAGCAGAAAACAGGCCACACUUUCUGGGAAAUUUUAGAGGAAGAAACCAUUUUUAAUGAGAUGAAAAUAUUUAAUGAAUUUAAAAAGCUAAUGGCAAUUCUGAGAAAAGGUUUGGGAUGUAUAUUGCUAUGUAACUUCUUUAAUAAACUGAUUUUAUGGAUAUAAAUAUGAUGACUGCUUUCCUUAGAGAAUAAUUAUUACCUGAAGCGCUUCCAGACAAUGUGGCUAUACCUUUAUCAUUUCAUUCAACCCUAAGUGGCCCAAACAAAGGCCUCAGGCCAGUCACUUCCUUCCACUUCUUGGUCUGACCUUUCCAUGGUCUGUUACUAAGCAAAACUCACAUGUUUGGCUACCUUGGGCUGCAACUGCCCCACUCUUGCCCGGGCUUGCUGGAGUUGGGGUUGUCCACGGUCAGAGGUUCAGAGUUGUCAAAUUCUCCAAUUAGAGCAAGAGAUGAGGAAAGGAAGGGGAGACGCAGGAAAGAGGCUGGAACAAUGAAUCUAAAACAGUAUUUUCUUUUGGGAAAUGCCCAUUUUGGCUUAGCUGUGCUGUGAGUUCGGAUGAAAAGUAGGGAGGUACGGAAAGCCCAGGGCUUCAUGCAGAGUAGACAUCAGGAACCCACCUGCUCUGGAGUCUUGGUGGGCAAGGGGAAGGAACCUUCCAGUCCAUUUCGAUCCUCACCAUAAUUCCUGGGUAUGAAUCCGAAUCACCUUUUCAAAAAACUGGGGGCUGAGGUUGCCUCCACAUGCUAACGCUGAUUCAGGGCGGCAGCAGAUGCCAGUGUUCUCAGUUCCUUCCUGCUUCCGCUUCCUGUUCAGGGACAGGGCGGCAUUUUCCCAGCCUCUUGGGCUGUAGGCGUGGUCACGUGCCCGAGCACUGUAACGCGUGACCAGGAGGACUGACCGCGCCUGCGCAGCAUAGGCGGGAGGACGGCGCCCUCGCCCUGGCGGGAGGAGGCGGAUCCCCAGCGCGGCUCCAGGUGCACUGCGUGUUCCAUCUGGAACUCUGACCGUCCAAACACACCCCUCCCCCUCCUUUGUCUGUUGCACAAGAGAGGCUCUGGAAGUGAUGGCGGACAGAAGGGCCUCACGAAGAGGAUGCUGCAGAAACGCCCCACAAGACCAGCACAGAGCCUGGCACUUAAAAGAACAUUCAAGAAAUAUUUGUCACAUGAAAGAAUGGAUAAUAUCCCCAAGUCCAUACUAGCAGUAAAUAAAGCAGCAAACUUCA